AUGUCAAUCGUUAUCGACAGUGCCCAGCAACCGUCAAGUACGGCCACGACCGUUCCACUGAGCUCAAACUCGAGCAAAGAGCCGGACGACUCUCAUACCAGCACGCACCUCGAGCGAACUCUUGGGCAGAAAGUCGCAGCAGAUCGACGACUACGCGAAAGUCGCGCGUCGUCCGCUGUGCUCAAGCAAUGCGAGCUUCAGAGUCAAUAUUUGCACGGAAAGAACAAGAUGGUGCAGUUUAAAGGUCUUUACGUCGUCCGGGGCCCGACCGAGUCGAAACACGUGCGCUAUACGAUGGACAUUGUCGUCGCCGAGCUGCAGCUUCAAGGACGUUGUAUCCAGCGCUUUCGCAGCUUUUUUCUGCUGCGAAAGCGUCUUUUGGAAGUGCUCAAGACCUGUCGAGGUCGUCUCUUAUCUCGGAAGAGCACUUUGACGGGAGAUCCCGAUGAACCGCAAGGUUCGGCUGGUGCUGAGCUGAUUGAGCUCUUGGCCCGUCCUCGUUGCGUCCAGUGCCCCGAGUGCGAGUUAUCGUACGACGAGCUCGCUGCUGUCAAGUUCCCACGUCGGACGUUGCUGCCACCGAGUCUCCAGGACAUUCAAGCAAGGUCUCAAAUGCUCGAGACGUUCUUAGAAUACUGCGUACGGAUCGCUACGACCGUGUUGGCUUGUCAGCGCACGAAGCGGCUGUUUACUACGGCAUUGGGCAAGUUUUUAGGGGUGGAUCUACUAGCGAGUCUUGCUACGUUAAAAGAAGGGAACGACAUGUCGGAGACUCGGUCGGUUGACAGUGUCGAUACUGUUGAAGCUGGAGAGCAGCUGAACGAGGCGAACAGGUUGGACAAGUCGUGCAAAAAAGACCGUGGUCUGCCGUCGGUUUCGCAUCAAGUGGACGGAAAUCUGCAGUCGGGUGGGGACCAUGAAGGCGGUCGCCACUCGGAGCCAAACUUCUCGUUCAUCUCGCACUUGGCGAAAGACGACAAGCCACACGCAGCUAAAGUGCGCUCGAAGUCGCACUGUUAA